AUGGGUCAGGAGCUGUGUACAAGGACUGCCCGGCCUGGCUGCAGCUGCCACCGCUGCGGGGAGGGAGGCGAUGCGCACAGCGGCCGGACGGUGCCGGAGCCUGGGCCGGCGGCGGAGGCUGCAAUCCAGCUAACAGACCUAAAAGAAGCAUCAUGUUCCAUGACUUCAUUUCACCCCAAGGGACUUCAGGCUGUGCAUGCCCGGAAGUGCAAGAGUAAAAGGCCACGGAGUAACAGUGAUUCUUUUCAGGAAGAGGAUCUGAGGCAGGGUUUUCAGUGGCAGAAGAGCCUCCCUUUUGGGGCAGCCUCAUCUUACCUGAACUUGGAGAAACUGGGUGAAGGUUCUUAUGCUACAGUUUACAAGGGGAUUAGCAGGAUAAAUGGACAACUAGUAGCUCUAAAAGUCAUCAGCAUGAAUGCAGAGGAAGGAGUCCCAUUUACGGCUAUUCGGGAAGCUUCUCUCUUGAAGGGUUUGAAACAUGCCAAUAUCGUGCUCCUGCAUGACAUAAUCCACACCAAAGAGACACUGACAUUCGUUUUUGAAUACAUGCACACAGACCUGGCCCAGUACAUGUGUCAGCAUCCAGGAGGGCUUCAUCCUCACAAUGUCAGGCUUUUCAUGUUUCAACUUUUGCGGGGCCUGGCGUACAUCCACCACCAACACGUUCUUCACAGGGACCUGAAACCUCAGAACUUACUCAUCAGUCACCUGGGAGAGCUCAAACUGGCUGAUUUUGGUCUUGCCCGGGCAAAGUCCAUUCCCAGUCAGACGUACUCUUCAGAAGUUGUGACCCUCUGGUACCGGCCUCCGGAUGCCUUGCUGGGAGCCACUGAAUAUUCCUCUGAACUGGACAUAUGGGGUGCAGGCUGCAUCUUUAUUGAAAUGUUCGAGGGUCAACCUUUGUUUCCUGGGGUUUCCAACAUCCUUGAACAGCUGGAGAAGAUCUGGGAGGUGUUGGGAGUCCCUACAGAGGAUACCUGGCCUGGAGUUUCCAAGCUACCUAACUACAAUCCAGAAUGGUUCCCAUUGCCCAAGCCACAAAGCCUUCAGAAUGUCUGGAACAGGUUGGGCAGGGUUCCCGAAGCUGAAGACCUGGCCUCCCAAAUGCUAAAAGGCUUUCCUAGAGACCGCGUCUCUGCCCAGGAAGCACUGGUUCAUGACUACUUCAGUGCCUUGCCAUCUCAGCUGCACCAACUUCCUGAUGAGGAGUCUUUGUUUACAGUUUCAGGAGUGAGGCUAAAGCCAGAGAUGUGUGACCUUUUGGUCUCCUACCGGAAAGGUCACCACCCAGCCCAGUUUAGCAAAUGCUGGUGAAAAGAAGGAGCGACGUCACCAACAUCCUUUCAGGGCUACAUGACUGCUGUUUCAGUUUUAAUUUGCUUUGCCGUAGUAAGAAGCUUCAAAUCUAACUGCACAAUGGACCAGAGUUUUCAUGCCAUCACCUGUGAUCUGGAAUAUUGUAGAUAUGAGGUCCAAGGUAACAGACAUGAUAUUUGAAGACAAAGCAAUAAAUAAUUAUUGCUGUUGUCGUUUGCGUAGCAUUUAACAUUGAUUGGCUCAAAAAUUAGACAAUAGGCUGAAAUUGUCUGAGAAGAGGAUUUCUGAAUAUGUUCAUCUAUUUUGUGAUCUGAAAGAGAGAUCCAUGGGCCAGAAGGACUACAGGCCAGAUGAAAGGCUAACAAUUAAAAGAAUCUGGAGACAGAGCUGGUGCUUACAAGGCCUGUCCCUCCUGUGUUCACUUACAAUUUCCCCCAACAAAAGGACUUCUGUGGCAAGGAGAGGAUUAGUCUAAAGUUCAGAAGAGUCUCAAGGAAGAUGGUUUCUUGGAUAAAGUUGUCAACAAAAGGACUUGCUUAAGACUCUUUGUUAAGAUUUCCUAGGGGGCGCUUCUUUCUUCAUUAACUGGAUUAUCAAAACACACUACUACUCCACUCUUGCUGGGUUUUAGAAGUUUGGGUUGAACUCCUUUGAUUUAAAUUUUUUGGCUAUCUGCUUCUACUGAAUCCCGCUUAUCGGGGAUGAUAGCAAAAGCGAUGAGGAACCUAAGCUCUGAUUUGAUGGUGAGAUACUGAAUAGAUAGAUGAGAACAAAGAGUUCCAAAGAUGUAAUUCAAGCCCUGCUGCACCAUCAGACACACAUGCAUGUGUGCACACACACAACCCUCAGAUAAAAGGAGAGAUCUGUCUCAGUUAACACAUGUAUCAUUUUCUACAAUGACUCCUUCUAAAAGAAGCCAGGGAAACUCAAAUUACUUCACCCAGGGAUCAUCUACUCAAGAAAUGUAGUAACCUAGAAACCAGAGACUUCUAUAUAUCCUUUAGAAGAAUGAGGAAGAACUAAUUAAAAAAGAAUUAAGAAUAAUACCUAUGGAUGCAAAGUCUGAGAUGGAAAGAGAAAAACUGCAUACAAGUGGCCCCAAAAAAUCUACCUUACUAUUUGAUUUUAGUAAGGUAUUUGACUAAACUUCUCCAAAUACAACUGGAAUAUGAAACUGUGUGGGCUGGAUUAUGGGAAAAAUGUAUGUGCUCAGUGAAAAUGGUUUUUCAACUUAGGGAAAAGCCAAUAGUGGUGUGGUACAAGGUACAGUCUUAAGCUCCAUUCUGGUCAAAUAUUUGUAUUAAUCACUUGAAUAAAAUUAGAGAAAGUACAGAAUUUAUUCACGUAACUCACUAAUAUAAGUAAUUAUUAUUAUUACUUCUAUCUUACAAAAGAGGAAACUGAGACUCAACGAAGUUAAAUAACUCAUCCAUACCAGAGUUAAGACGCAAACUAGGUCUGGCUGUCUCCAAUGUGUGUGAUCUUUCCAAAAAUCACAUACCUAUCAGAUCUGUAAAUACACAAAUCUUGAAGACACAGCUGAUAUUUAGCAUUGGAUUGUGAUUCAAAAGACUGAGACCUUGCUAAAAGCUGAUGCACAGGGGCACCUGGGUGGUUCAGUUGGAGCUCAUCCCUCACCUUCUCCCUCCACCCUUCUCCCAUGGCCCCUCCACCCACUCGUGCUUGCUCUCUCUCAAAUUAAUAAAGUCUUUUUUAAAAAAUUUAAAUUUAGGGACACUUGGGUUGCACAGUGUUUGGGCAUCUGCCUUCAGCUCAGGAUGUGAUCCUGGAGUCCCAGGAUAGAGUCCCACAUCGAGCUCCCUAUGGGGAGCCUGCUUCUCCCUCUGCCUAUGUCUCUGCCUCUCUCUCUCUCUCUCUCUAUCUAUCUCUCAUGAAUAAAUAAAUAAAAUCUUUAAAACAAAAAUAAAAAUUUAAAUUUAAAAAAGUUAACGUGUAUGUAUAACUAUAUACCUAUUAGAAUGACCAAGUUCCAGAACACUGACAACACCAAAUACCAGCAAGGAGGUGGAGCAACAGGAACUCUUGCUCAUUGCUGGUUAGAAUGCAAA